AUGCGCACGUUAUUGUUUAUUGUUGUUUUUGUUGUUAUGAUAUUUGAUUUUGUAAUAAAAUGUAUAAGAUCAUUGAAAAAAAAUAAUAAUUUGAAAAUUAUGAAUAAUUCAAAUAGACUAGAGCACGUUCAUCCAUUUAUAAAUCAAUUACAUGUCAAUAUUACUAAUAACGGACGUUGGGGAUUAAAAAUUUUAUUCAACAAUAAUUCUCACCAACAAUGGUCUAACAAUAACUAUUCGUCAACUUAUCCCACAUUUCUUAUUCAAACUACUCCCAGUUCUGCACGAAACAGGCCACAAACAGUGAUAGAAGUCAAAUUAAAUGAGCAUAAUAACCCUAGAUCAAUUAUUCAUGAACAUAAUAAUAUUCAUUAUCAACAGUCUAAUGAUAUUGUCUCACUUCAAAAUGGUCAAGUAGCAAUUGGUAGUAAUUAUUUUCUAAUUAAUCAUUCUAAUAUAUCUCGUUCAUCUUCACCAACAAUUGUUAUUAAUCAACAAGAAAUAAUGACAAAUGCAAUUUCAAAUUUACAAUGUGAACAAAUUUUAACAGCUGAUGUUAUUGCUCAAACAUUAAACUAUUCUGAUGUAAAAUCCCACUAUCACCAAUCAUGUCCAAUUUGUUUACAAGAUUUUUGUCAAACAGAUAUUCUACUUCAAUUGGUAUGUAAACAUUUAUUUCAUCGUGAAUGUCUACUACCAUGGUUAUGUAAUAAUUAUCGUUGUCCCUAUUGUCGAUUUUUAAUUUAUAUUCCACCGUCAUCAACGAAUCAAAUAACACACGUACCACCAUUAGCAGAAUCAUCGUUACUUCCACAAAUAUUUCUUAUUCGACAUCGAACUUCAUAG